AUCGCGGCCCACUCGCGCCGCCGCGGCGCCUAUAAAGGGCCGCCCGCCGCCCGAAACCGCUGCUUCUCCGCCCGCCGCGCCCGCACUGCGUGAGUCGGGGUCGGGACCGGUGCCGCCGAGCCCGCCCCGGGUCGGCGCUGCGGGAAAAUCAACGGGCCGCCGCUCUGCAGAAUCUGGGCUAAAUCGAAGCGAAAGAUAAAAAGACGUUGGGGUUUUAGGAGGUUUUUGCCUCAAAGCGCUCGGGAGCCGGCGGAUGAAUUUUGGCGUUUUAUCCGAGCCCUGCUCUCCAGGAGGCUUAACUUUGGGGUGUUUUUGCUGAUUUUUCAAGCUUGCACAACCCUCUCAGCUGCUCUGCGUCCUGGUGCCAGCCCCCUUGUCCCAAGCAUCUGCCGGCCGCAGCUUAGGCUUUAAUUCAGAGUUUUGAGUGUUCCCCAGAAUUAAUAUUUAUAAGAAGCUUGACUCGAGACCGGCGAGUGGAAAACCCCAGAGGGUGAGAGGGGAAGAUGAACACGGCCGCCAGCAGUUACCCCAUGGCCUCGCUGUACGUGGGGGACCUGCACCCCGAUAUCACCGAGGCCAUGCUCUACGAGAAGUUCAGCCCGGCUGGCCCCGUGCUGUCCAUUCGGGUCUGCAGGGACAUGAUCACCCGCCGCUCCCUGGGCUACGCCUACGUCAACUUCCAGCAGCCCGCAGAUGCUGAGCGAGCUCUCGAUACCAUGAAUUUUGAUGUGAUCAAAGGCAAACCCAUUCGCAUCAUGUGGUCUCAGAGGGACCCUUCCCUCAGGAAGUCAGGGGUUGGGAAUGUCUUCAUCAAGAACCUGGACAAAUCCAUUGAUAACAAGGCACUUUACGACACAUUCUCAGCGUUUGGAAACAUUUUGUCCUGCAAGGUGGUGUGUGAUGAGAAUGGCUCUAAGGGCUACGCCUUUGUGCACUUUGAGACCCAGGAUGCUGCAGAUAGGGCCAUCGAGAAGAUGAACGGCAUGCUGCUCAACGACCGCAAAGUAUUUGUUGGGAGAUUCAAGUCUCGUAAAGAGAGGGAGGCUGAGCUGGGAGCCAAGGCGAAGGAAUUCACCAAUGUCUAUAUUAAAAACUUUGGGGAUGACAUGGAUGAUGAAAGACUAAAGGAGCUCUUUGGCAAAUAUGGUAAAACUCUGAGUGUUAAAGUGAUGACAGAUCCCACUGGAAAAUCCAAAGGCUUUGGCUUUGUAAGCUUUGAAAAGCAUGAAGAGGCCAACAAGGCAGUGGAAGAAAUGAACGGGAAGGACAUCAAUGGGAAAAUGCUCUUUGUGGGCAGAGCACAGAAGAAGGCUGAGCGCCAGGCAGAGCUGAAAAGAAGGUUUGAACAGCUAAAACAGGAGAGACUCAGCAGGUACCAGGGUGUUAACCUGUACAUUAAAAACCUAGAUGACACUAUAGAUGAUGAAAAACUGAGGAAGGAGUUCUCACCUUUUGGGUCAAUAACGAGUGCCAAGGUGAUGCUGGAAGAUGGACGGAGCAAAGGGUUUGGCUUUGUCUGCUUUUCCUCUCCAGAGGAGGCCACCAAAGCUGUGACCGAGAUGAACGGGCGCAUCGUGGGCUCCAAGCCCCUCUAUGUGGCCCUGGCCCAGAGGAAGGAGGAGAGGAAGGCCCAUCUCACCAACCAGUACAUGCAGCGCAUCGCUGGCAUGAGGGCCUUGCCUGCCAACACCAUCAUCAACCAGUUCCAGCCUGCUGCUGGCGGGUAUUUCAUGCCUGCUGUGCCCCAGGCUCAGAGCAGACCCACUUACUAUGCACCCAACCAAAUGACACAGAUGAGACCCAACCCACGAUGGCAGCAAGGAGGGAGACCUCAAGGUUUCCAGGGAAUGCCCAAUGCCAUGCGCCAGUCGGGGCCCCGGCCCGCCCUGCGCCACCUGGCCCCUGCCAACGCCCCUGCCUCCCGAGGCCUGCCCGCUGCUGCCCAGAGAGUUGGUGUUGGCACAGCAGCACAGAAUUUGGCUCCCCGUCCUCCUGUAGCUGCCCCUGCUCCCAGGGCUGUCCCUCCUUACAAAUAUGCCUCAAGUGUCCGCAGCCCACACCCAGGUGUCCAACCUCUGCAGGCACCUCAGCCUGCAGUGCACGUGCAGGGCCAGGAGCCACUGACAGCCUCCAUGCUGGCUGCUGCCCCUCCCCAGGAGCAGAAACAGAUGCUGGGAGAACGUUUGUUCCCCCUGAUCCAAGCUAUGCACCCCAGCCUGGCGGGGAAGAUCACAGGAAUGCUGCUAGAGAUUGACAACUCCGAGCUGCUGCACAUGCUGGAAUCUCCAGAGUCCCUCCGCUCCAAGGUGGAGGAGGCUGUGGCAGUGCUGCAGGCUCACCAAGCCAAGAAAGAAGCUGCCCAGAAAGUGGGUGUGGUUGCUGCUACCUCUUGAACCAGGAUGACUGGAUACAAAGAAGCCAAAUAGCCCUUUCCUAGACAUCAGCUCAAGAUGUUUGAAGAUCCUUCAGUGUCCUGCAGAUCUCAAGGCCAUGCAUUGUAUCACAUAGUUAUAUUGCAUUUUGUAAAUUAAUCUUAAAGAUCUUAUUUAAAAAGCCAACUCUGAAGCUUGAGGUUUCCAAAACCAGAAUCUGGGGGGUUUGCAAGCUUUUCCUUUGCCAGAACAGAGCUGCCCCUUGUGUCUUCUAAAGAGGACGUUGAGGAUUUUAGGCUGGAAGUAUUUUUGUGAGUUUGUGUUUAAUUGAACAAUCCAGUUUGGAAAGUUUGGGAAACAUUUAUCAAUAAAGGAAUAAAC